GGGUAGCGACUCUCGCUAGGGCUCAGUACGUUGGAGAUGUCUGCCGACUCCUGCGUGGGGUUAGGUACCUGAGGACAAUGGCGCAUAAUUUACAAAAUUAUAUAAAUAUUUUUUUUACGUUAAACCUAAAACAUAGUUGUAGAUUACCAGUGAUUGAAGGAAUGAGUUAGAACUAUUUUCUAAGUAAAAACUUGCAAAAUCAAUUUAAAAAAUACUUUUAUCUAUAGAAAACUACACUAACGUAAGUAGAUUAAUAUUGUAACGUUGUAUCUGUUUGACCGAAAUUAUAGAUCUAAAAAAAUAAGUUAUGUUGAGAAAGAAUUCAUUCUAACUUUAAGAUAACACCAUUAUCAAUAUUCGAACGAACGACGUUUCAGAGAAUAUAUUAUGUUAUACAAAUCACUUGAUAUGUUACUGGGUCGUACAAGGACAUUCUCCAUAAAUUGAUAAUGCCUAUUAUCUAAUACGAGGUAGUUGUAUGUAUGUACUGCGUAAUAGAAUAUUCCAUAGUGCAAUGUAUUUGCAUCAUUCAAUGCCAUUCAGUACUUGAGCAUUGAACGAUGUAAUUUAUUCUUAGAAUUUAUGAAUUGUGUUUUGUUGUGGAUCAGUUUUAGGAUUGUUCAACAAUGUCGAAGAUUGCUCUUAGCGAGGCGGUAAUAGUGUCUGCUGUCCGUACUCCGAUCGGAUGUUUUCGAGGCAGAUUGUCCACUCUCACCGCCACCGAACUAGGCGGUAUGGCCAUUAAGGGCGCCGUUGAGCGGGCCCACAUAUCACCCGAAGAAGUGCAGGAGGUUUUCAUAGGCAACGUGUGCUCAGCGUAUUUGAGACAAGCGCCAGCUCGUCAGGCCGCAGUUAACGGCGGCCUACCUGCAAGCACAGUUUGCACCACAAUUAAUAAGGUGUGCUCAUCGGGUCUUAAAGCCGUGACAUUGGCUGCGCAAGCGCUACAGACUAGGACUCACGAUGUGGUCCUAGCCGGAGGUAUCGAGUCCAUGUCGAAUGUUCCGUUCUACUUGCGGCGCGGUGACACCCCGUACGGCGGGCUGCAACUCGUGGAUGGCAUCCUUCACGACGGCCUGACUGAUGUCGAGCAUAACAUACACAUGGGGGACUGCGGCGAAUACGUCGCCAACAAGUUUAAAAUCCCGAGGUGCGAGCAGGACGACCACGCCGUUGACACUUACGAGAGGACUAUCGCUGCCUACGAGGAUAACGUUUUCGCGGAGGAAAUUAUCCCCGUCACGGUGCCGCAGACGAAGGGAGCGCCGGUUGUCGUGGCCGAGGAUGAUGAAUAUAAGAAGUUCAAUUUCGAGACAUUUACAAAAUUGCAACCGGCAUUUCAGAAUGGAGGCACGAUAACCGCUGGAAACUCGGCCAGUCUCAACGAUGGAGGGGCUGCCGUGCUGAUGAUGACGUCGGAAGCUGCCGUCAGACUAAAAGUGGAGCCGCUGGCCAGGGUAGUGGGGUACGCGGACGCCGAGCGGGAACCUAUCGAGUUUCCUGUUGCACCGGCCGACGCUAUUACUAAACUACUAGAGAAAACCGGGGUUUCAAAGGAGAGUGUAUCCCUGUGGGAGAUAAACGAGCCGUUCAGCGUUGUGGGGAUCGCUAACCGGCGUAUAUUGGACUUAGAGGAUAGCAUUGUCAACGUGCACGGAAGUGCGGUGAGCCUCGGUCACCCAUUGGGCAUGUCUGGUACACGACUCGUAGCCCAUCUCAGCCACGUACUGCGUCGCGGACAGCUGGGCGUGGCCACCACGUGUAACGGCGGUGGGGGGGCCACCGCCCUAAUGAUAGAGAAGAUAUAGAUACUGUAGUCCAAUGGAAUGAAAAUUGCAUUCAAGGCUAUUAUUAUUUUAUUACAAAAUGUUUAGAUACAUUCAAUACGAGCGGUAUUUGUGUAAUGGUGGUCUGGUUUUUACAUUACUUUAAUAGUUUUGAGAUAAAGCAGUAAUAAAUAACAGAAAUUAA